AUGAAUAAUCAAACUCCAAGACGUACAAACCAUCAACAAAGUUCAAGCGGAAAGUCAAAUUCACAACGUGAAAGUUUAAAUUCUCAGCAUGACAACUCAAAUUUGCGAUGUGAAAAUGCUUUGGUAGAGGCUAAGUUUGUCAAUUACGACCAUUUUAACAGACUUCACAAAGAAGCAACUGGUGACAUCAGAAAAUUACAAGAAAAACAGGACGAACUCAACGCUACAAUUAAAUCUAUUAUUCUCAGCAGUGGAGCUUAUAAUGUUCAAACGCAAACGUUAAUUUUAUUUUUUUUUUAAAUUUUUUUCCUUAAAGUUUAAGAGACUUUUUAUGGAGGGAGGGGAGUUAAUUUUUUUGAAAAAUUUUUUCAAAAUUUUUUUACGGAGGGGAGGGGUAAUUUUUGAAAACUUUUACAAAAUUUGGGGGGGGGGGG